CUGUGAACUACCUAUAGGUUACUACUGUUUUAGCAACGUCUCCGUAGUCUGUUUCUCCCUGCAUCAACGACUGCACCGAGCGCUGCCAUAGGCGACCGAGGCGAUAACACGAUUGCCAAAUCUAGCUAAUCAAUUUAAAUCAUCAGGCUGCAAGCGUUCUAUAUAGCGGAACAUUGUGGGUGCGUGCAACCGGACCAAAGAACUAGCUUGGUUUCCUUUUGUCGCGAAUGCCCACUGCUUCUUUAUUCGAGUAUGUUGCGGGGAAGAUAGAUGAGCCGCCACUGACACCGGAGGAGCUUGAGUUCUUCGCGGAGCAUGAAAAGGUUACAAUCAUUCCCAACUUCAGCCUUAACCUUCCGAACGGGAUGCUAACAUGUAUUGAGGGCACAUACGGCCCAUUCCGACCAAACAUCCCUGUGGAAGUACCCCUCUACCUAGCACUCGCCUUACAUCGCCGAGGGAAAUGCCGCAUCCAGCCGCCGCCGUGGAUGGCCAAAGACAGGCUAAAAUCCAUGCUGGAGGAGGAGCGCACGAUUCCGCAGUACUUCCAGCCCGUGCCGCAGUACUACGUGGAGGUCAGCAAGAUGCUGUUCACGGAGGCGAGAGCCAUCUUUGGCUCAAAUGCCGAUGUGCACGAGGUCCAGGAGCUGAUUGAGGAGUUGAAGAAGGUGCGCAACAGCAAGAUCCUGGACGGCCUGCGCAAGGUGUCGGGGCCCGUGACGGUCAAGCUCAACAACCUCAGCGCCUCGGAGAGCAACAAGAUCCGGCUGCUCUUUGAGAACUCGCUCAACAUGUGGUACCAGCUAUCAAAGAACGACAAGGAGUGGCAGGAGAGCA